AUGGUCCGCCUGGUUACCACGCCUCGCAUCGUCUCGGCCUUCGAGGAUGUCCCAUCUUCUUCCCGCCAGGAGCUUGACCUGCCCAACACCUUAUCUCUAGAGACCCCGAUCGCCCAUGACCAGUUAAUCCGGUUGGCUCGAUAUUUUCGAACCAGGCAUGGCACAACCACCACCAGCGAUGACCGGAGUCUAAAUUCGCUCCUCCACGGGACCAAGGUGUACGUUCCGCCGCCGCCGCCGAAGCCCGAACCCAGUCCCGAAUACCUCGCUGUAAAAGCCCGUCUCCUCGCCGCCGCCGAAGCAGACGCCUACAAACGCAUGACUUCUCCACACCUCGCCGCGUCGUCGCAAUCCCCGGCGUCCAUCUUUUUAUCAUCUACACCGACACUCUCGGCGAUCCACGAAUCGAAAUCAUCAGGCGACCAUCCGGCCGACGACUCGGAUCCGCUGACUCCCGGGCUCGUACUUAAUAUCUUCCUCUCUGUCCUACUCACCGGGUUCAGCGUUUACUGGGCGCUGACGAGCUUCCGAACACCCGAUUUACUGGUGGCGUUGGUGGCGACGAUAUGGCGGUCAUCGGGCCGAACCGGCUCGCAGGGCGGCGUGUCCGAGCCCGUGCGAGUUUUGCUAUCGCUCCUCGUGGCGUUGAUGGUCGGCGUCGCGGAGGUGUUGAUCUACGCUAUCUAUUUACGCAAAGUUGAGCAGGCGCGGGCGCGCGAAAAACGCAUCCGAGAACGAAAAGUCGUGGUGGAGAGUGACGAGGGAAAACAAAAUGGUGCCGAAGAGGGAGAAAGGGGAGACGUCACCGACAUACAAACCAACGGAGACAAGGAGGAGAUCUGGGGCAGAGGACCAAAUGGUGGAUUGCGGAGGAGAGUACGAGAACGGUGGGAGGAGAAAGGGAAUGCAGAGGAUGGGCAAUGA